AUGACAGCAACAAACAACAACAGCAACUAUAUCGUUUCUGAUGAAAAAGUUAUUGAUUCAUUAGUUGAGGAAUUAGCUGAGGAAUUAGUUGUGGCAACAAACAACAACAGCAACUAUAUCGUUUCUGAUGAAAAAGUUAUUGAUUCAUUAGUUGAGGAAUUAGUUAUGGCAGAAACUAAAACCCUCAACGAAAGAAUUGGUGAAAACAAGAUUGAUUUACAUAACUACCUCAAACAUGAUGGAGGAAGAGGAAGGAAAACUGGUAUGGCUUUAUUAGUAAAUAAAAUAUCAAAUUUAACGAUUAUAGAUGUUGAUAUCAAUAAAUCGUACAAUGAUGAACUUAAAGAAACAGUUAGAAAAGACAUUCUAUCAAAACUUUCGGAUAAAGAUGUUAUCGUUAAAACCGCUUCAGGAGGUCUUCACAUUUAUUGCAACACUAAUUUCUUCUAUGCAGUUUCGAACAGAAUGAUUAAAUGUUAUUCCUGCAAUGAUUAUGAUAUUGACAUAAUGACUUCUAUGGAUGAUUCAAAGCGUUCUUUAGUAGUUAUGGCUGAUUCAAGAGUUCGCAAGAAUGCAACAGAACCAAUCAAUACAUACUCAUUCAUUCGUGGAAGUUAUGAUUCAACAUUAACUAGAACAGUGAAUGAUAUAUUAAAUGAUUUGAAUAUUAAGGUAAAAGUUGAACAGAAGAACGAAGAAAUAAAGAGUAUAAUGAAUGAAAACAAAGAUGUAAACAUUGACGAUAAACUUGCCCAGAGCAUAGUUGA